AUGGAUUCAGGCAGUGUCAGCUAUACCUUAUUCCUAUAUCGUGAAGAAUUACAACGCUCUCAGUGCCGUUACAAAACAUUGAAUCGUACAAAACUUUCACUCACUGAUAAAUUGAUAACGAUAAGUGUUCGCAAUUUAAAACAAUGCUCAAUGGAUGAUUUGAGGGCCAUCAACCGGGAGCUGGUGUUCAAGAAGAAAUUACAAAAUCAAAUGAAACGUAUCAAGAAGUUGGAAAAGUUGGGUAUGAAAAAUCCAAACCCAAAUAAAGCAUCAAAAUCUAGCAAGGAAUAA